AUGUGUACUAAUCCAAAGAGCAAUGAAUUUAAAUACAGCAUAAAUGGUAACUCGAGGUUGACUUCAGAGCAGCAAAAACAAUACGAAGAUCAGGGCUUUAUUAUCAUCAAGAAUCUGAUCCCAAAGCAUGACAUCGAGAAAUACUCCAAACGAUUUCACGACAUCGCCAGCCGUCGAGUGCCGACACCUCCGGGUCUUGUCGUCCAGAAACAGGUAAAGGUGGCCAAAGAGUGCCGAUUAAAAGAUUUUGAACAGCCUUAUAUAUUCGGUUUUCCGAUUGGCAGAUAA